AUGCGCCUCUCCACCAUCCUCCUCGCCCUCUUCCGCUUCUUCACUCCGCCCGCCAUAAUCCUCACCCUUGGCCUCUACUUCUAUGCGCCCCUUCUCGACUGCUCAUUCCCCGUAGUACGGCGAGCGGUACCUGGCUGCUCCAUACCAGGCCAGGAGCGCGCACGCAUCCCAGAGGAGACUGCGCCGUUCCGUCUACUAGCAUUCGGAGAUCCACAGCUAGAAGGCGACACCAGUCUUCCCCCACCCGAUGCGCCGUACUUCCCGCGGCUCAAUGAGUUAGGACGGCGGCUGAAGGACUGGGAGGUGGGCGAGUUCGAGUGGAAAGAUGCAGUGAAGGAGGUGGUGCUGUGGGAUAUUCCCAGACACAUCUACGCAGCGAGGAAGAGGUUGGAUCUGUGGGGCAACGACCUGUAUCUAGCGCAUAUCUACCGGACAGUAUUCUGGUGGUCGCAGCCGACGCACGUAGUAGUACUUGGAGAUCUGCUGGGAAGCCAAUGGAUUGGGAAUGAAGAGUUCAAGCGGAGGAGUGACCGCUUCUGGAAGAAGGUGUUCAAGGGAGCUGAGAGGGUACCCAGGGCUAUCACAGAUUCGAGUGGGAGGGCGGAGGUGCUGGGACAGGAUGAGAGUUGGAAAAGACGAAUCAUCGCUGUAGCCGGUAACCACGACAUUGGGUAUGCUGGAGACCUCGACGACCACCGCAUCGAGCGGUUUGAGGAGACGUACGGCAACGUCAACUGGGACAUCCGCUUCAGAUUGGACAACGUAUCUACAUCUCCAGGGACGGAGAAGUCAAUGCCAUUCGGCUCCCAGACUCUUACACCUCAGGAUCCCGAGCUUCACCUCGUCAUCCUCAACACAAUGAACCUUGACUCGCCAGCCUACAACGAGGCCCUUCAGCAGCAAUCCCGCGACUUCGCCGAAAGCACACUGUUCCACCCCAGCUCCAAUCCCAACACCGCUACCAUCCUCCUCACACACAUCCCUCUUCACAAGCCAGACGGCGUCUGCGUCGACUCGGAAUUCUUUGACUGGUUUCCCGACGAUCAAGGUGGCGGGAUUAAGGAGCAGAACUUUCUGCUCAAAGGCUCUUCGGACUACCUCCUCAAUGGCCUCACAGCGCACGGGAGCCACCAGAGUGCUAUUGUGCUGAAUGGACAUGAUCACGAGGGAUGCGAUACUUACCACUUUCACCCCGGCCAGCCCGGGGAAGGGCCGUGGGAGGCGAAGCACUUCAAUGCUGCGGAAGAAGAGCGCCAGAACGAGGUGUUGACGGGGAUCAGAGAGAUUACGGUGAGAAGUAUGAUGGGGUUCUUGAGUGGAUGGUGGGAUAAAGAAGAGGCGAGGUGGAAAUUCGAAUAUAGCAGCUGUCCGUUUGGGAUACAGCAUAUUUGGUGGGGUGUGCAUAUCUUCGACUUGGUGGUGAUUGGGAUGGGGUUAGUUGGAUCUGGGCUGGCGGUGUGGGAGGUCUUUGUGGUGGAGGAGCGGGAGAAACUGAAGAAAGCAUAG